AUGAGCCCUACACCAUUCCAUGCAAAACAAGAACAAUACGAAUAUGGCACAUAUGAUCACCCACCACUUAAGACCACCAAGGACUCCAACUUCAUCCACUGUCUACCUCCACCCUCCUCCACCGAGAAGACCAAACCCGUAGAACAACAACCGCCCCCACGGCCCCUUAUAAUCUACACGCAUUCGCCAAAAGUGAUCCAUACACAACCACGUGAUUUCAUGGCUUUGGUUCAAAAACUCACCGGAUACACCCGGCCUCUAGAGGACACACAACGGGCCAAAUGUCAAGCGAAUAUUGACGAUAACGAGUCCACAUCGGUCGUGACGGAGGAGCAUGGGAGCAGUGUUAAUCAUGAUAUUAAUUCUUGUUUUGUUGAGGGUGGUGUUGGGGUUGCACCACCACCUUUUCGGCUAGGGUUUGAUCCUUAUUUUAACCCUACACCGGUUUUUCCAACAAACCGGGUGGAUUUCUUGUGCACACCAAGUCCUUUUUAUAAUCCGGAUUCGAUGUUUCUGAAUCGAAAUUCGUUAUCUUCUUCAUCAUUGCGUGUUCUUAAGGAUUUUCGAGAUGUUUAA